AUGACCUCGCAGGUUGUUUUGAGUGCUGCUCUAGUGGUGGCAUUAUUUAGCAAUGCCAUUUUGUUGUUUGUUCUGAUUUUACAGCUUUCAAAUACGGACAUGUUCAAAAAUCAACGCCAAAUUGCGCACGAUGUUGCCCACAGUUCUGGAAAUCAAUUUUCUGAUUUUACUGACCAUCAAGUUAACCCAGAUUACGCUAAUUUACAAAAUAAAUUACUGGGAACAGAGAAUGAACAGGUCGCUUACACCUCUAGUAAUGUCUGGCAAAAUGAAGACAGAGACAAAACGUAUUUCGGUCUUCGGUUUUUCAAAAGACCGCCGUUGGAUCCAGUCAACUAUUUUAGAAAAGGAAAGGAGGAUUUAGCAGAGAUUUCGGAUAAUUCUGAUUACGUGAAUCGAAGCGAAGAACAGCUUAAAGCUUUCAUGAAGUAUUUUCGACAGCAAAAUGAUAAUGUGUUUGUUCGUUGGAAAGACUGGUUGCAGCUGGAUAAGAUGCAAACCAAUUAUGAAAUGAACGGCCAAGAUUUAACAGACACAAAAGAAGUGAACUAUUUAGACAAAAACGCCGUUGAUGAUGAUGAUAUCAGACAUUACCCGAGGUUUGUAGAUUUAUUUCGCGAUGAAUCCCCCAGUUCAAAUCUUCAGACUCCAAGAUAUUUAAAGUCUUUUAAGAGAAGCAGGAGAGAAGCAGAUGUUCCGUCAAACAAGACUUCGACUGUUGGAAAAGCAUCUGUACACGGAGUGCACGAGAUAUUUUCUACCUUCUCCGACAGCGAACUGGCCAAGUUUGAUCCUUCAGUUUAUGACCUGCUGAUCCCAGCUCUUGUGCACUUCGAGACGAUGGCAAUCAGAGAGUUGGAGAGUCUACGUUCCAUCGUCAUCUCCAUGGACUUGAGACUUGAAACUCUAGAGAAUUCCAUGCUGAACUUUGCUAGAGGCUAUGGUAUGGAGCCACAAGCGGACCCAACAGAUAACAAGUCGGAGCCAGACAUUUCAUCUCAUAUUCUCAACAAAAAGGAAGGAUUUCUACCGGCAACGAACGAUUCACAAAUAUUUGAAGUACAUUUGGACACAGAAGGCAGUGGCGACGUGGACAGGGAGCAAGUGCCAACAACUCGACCACCACAAACAACGACAAUGCACAACGUGGCUUUCUACGACAUGUACCGUAUUUUGAGCACACUAGAACAGAAGGUUAUGGCCCUUGAAAACUACAACGUCAUGAGUGACUCCGAGCUGACCAGAGUCCGCUCUGAAGUGGUCAAGAUGGACGAUAAGGUCACAGAGUUGGACCGUCGGCAGAGAAACCUGCAGAUCCGAACCUCCAUGCACACGCAGAAGAUCACGGAGUUGGAAGUGUACAUGAGCAAGAGUGAGCUGGGGAUCCACACGGCCCUGGACGCUUACGGCAGGGUCAACUCCAAGCUGGAUGCCUUUAAGGACAAACUCACGGAGUUAAAGAAUGAUUUGCAAGCUGUAACCGGCCAGUUUGGACGCCAUGAUCAAAUAACCAAUGAGCUGCGAGCUGCAGAUUCUUACAAAGCUCACGAUAUACAGGAGAUGCGCAAAUCUGUGUUCAGCAUCGAGGGCAGACUGAACGGUCUCUACCGAGUGCUUGACCUCAACCUGGACACUGUCCGCAGCGACCUGCGAGCCAUGCUGGACAGACUGUGUGCCAACAACAAACUUGCCUGCUGA